AUGAAUGGAAGUGAUGACGAGUACAGCGACGACGACGACAUGAGCUGGAAGGUUCGCCGUGCGGCCGCCAAGUGUCUGGACGCCGUGGUCAGCACACGCCACGAGAUGCUGCCGGAGUUCUACCGGACCGUGUCGCCCGCGCUCAUCGCCCGCUUCAAGGAGCGGGAGGAGAACGUGAAGGCUGACGUGUUCCAUGCCUACCUGUCGUUGCUGAAGCAGACACGUCCUGCUCAGAGCUGGCUGUGUGACCCAGAUGCCAUGGAACAGGGAGAGACUCCACUCACCAUGCUGCAGAACCAGGUGCCAAUGAUCGUUAAGGCCCUGCAUAAGCAGAUGAAGGAGAAAAGUGUCAAGACAAGACAGUGCUGCUUCAACAUGCUGACGGAGCUGGUCAACGUGCUCCCUGGAGCCCUCACACAACAUAUCCCUGUCCUCGUACCUGGAAUCAUCUUCUCUCUCAACGACAAGUCCAGCUCGUCCAACCUGAAGAUCGAUGCCCUGUCCUGUCUGUAUGUGGUCCUGUGUAACCACCAGCCCCAAGUCUUCCACCCUCAUGUCCAGGCCCUGGUGCCGCCCGUGGUGGCGUGUGUAGGAGACCCCUUCUAUAAGAUCACCUCUGAGGCCCUGCUGGUCAGCCAACAGCUGGUCAAGGUCAUCAGACCUCUGGACCAGCCGGAGAGGAACACCUUCGAUGCUUCUCCCUACAUCACUGACCUCUUCACCUGCACCAUCAAACGCCUCAAGGCCGCCGACAUCGACCAGGAAGUGAAAGAGAGGGCCAUUUCCUGUAUGGGUCAGAUCAUCUGUAACCUAGGAGACAGCCUGGGGGACGACCUCCCUGGGACGCUGCACAUCUUCCUGGAGCGACUGAAGAAUGAGAUUACCAGACUGACGACGGUCAAGGCCCUCACGCUCAUCGCAGGCUCCACGUUGAAGAUCGACCUUCGACCUAUCCUCGACGAGGCGGUGCCCAUCCUGGCGUCGUUCCUGCGUAAGAACCAGCGGGCGCUGAAACUGAGCACCCUGGCCGCGCUGGACAUCCUGGUGAAGAACUACAGCGACAGCGUGACUCCGGCCAUGAUCGACGCGGUGCUGGCCGAGCUGCCUCCGCUGAUCAGCGAGAGCGACAUGCACGUGUCCCAGAUGGUCAUCAGCUUCCUGACCACCCUGGCCCGGGUCCACCCUCUCUCCCUGGCUAAGAUCGGGGGGUCGUCCAUCCUCUCGGAGCUCAUCUCUCUGGUCAGGUCUCCUCUGCUGCAGGGAGGGGCCCUCAGUGCCAUGCUAGAGUUCUUCCAGGCUCUGGUGGGUACCGGGACAUCCUCUCUGGGUUACAUGGACCUGCUCCGUAUGCUGACCGGUCCAGUCUACGCCCAGAGUGCUGCUCUAACGCACAAACAGUCCUACUACUCUAUCGCUAAAUGUGUGGCCGCCCUGACCCGCGCCUGUCCUGAUGAGGGUCCUGCCGUGGUAGGCCAGUUCAUCCAGGAUGUGAAGAACUCUCGGUCGACAGACUCCAUCAGGCUGCUGGCUCUGCUGUCACUGGGAGAGGUGGGACACCACGUAGACCUGAGCGGCCAACCGGAGCUCAAGACGGUCAUCCUGGACGCCUUCUCUUCCUCCUCCGAAGAGGUCAAGUCUGCCGCAUCCUACGCCCUGGGAUCCAUCGCCGUGGGCAACCUGCCGGAAUACCUGCCCUUCGUUCUGGGGGAGAUCUCGGGACAGCCCAAGAGGCAGUACCUGCUGCUACACUCACUCAAAGAGAUCAUCAGCUCGGCGUCUGUGACUGGUCUGAAACCCUACGUCGAGGGAGUAUGGACCCUGCUGUUGAAGCACUGUGAGUGUGCCGAGGAGGGCACCAGGAACGUGGUCGCAGAAUGUCUGGGGAAACUCACCCUCAUAGACCCAGAAACCCUGCUGCCCCGACUUAAAGGAUACCUGCUCUCAGGAUCAUCUUAUGCCAGAAGCUCAGUCGUGACGGCAGUGAAGUUCACCAUCUCAGACCACCCACAGACAAUAGACCCUCUCCUGAAAAACUGCAUAGGUGACUUCUUGAAGACGUUGGAGGACCCGGACCUGAACGUGCGGCGGGUUGCCCUGGUAACCUUCAACUCCGCAGCCCAUAAUAAGCCCUCUCUCAUCAGAGACCUACUGGAUACGGUCCUGCCACACCUCUACAACGAGACCAAAGUCCGCAAGGAACUCAUCAGAGAGGUUGAGAUGGGACCCUUUAAACACACAGUGGACGAUGGUCUGGACAUAAGGAAGGCAGCGUUUGAGUGCAUGUACACACUCCUGGACAGCUGUCUAGACAGGCUAGACAUCUUUGAGUUCCUCAACCACGUAGAAGACGGACUCAAGGACCAUUACGACAUCAAGAUGCUGGCGUUCCUGAUGCUGGCUAGACUCUCCACUCUGUGUCCCAGUGCUGUGCUACAGAGGUUGGACAGACUGGUUGAGCCGCUACGCGCCACCUGCACCACCAAGGUGAAGGCCAACUCAGUGAAGCAGGAGUUUGAGAAGCAGGAUGAGUUGAAGCGGUCAGCCAUGCGGGCUGUGGUCGCCCUCCUCACCAUCCCCGAGGCGGAGAAGAGUCCCCUGAUGAGCGAGUUCCAGUCCCAGAUCUCCUCCAACCCUGAGCUGGCUGCCAUCUUUGAAAACAUCCAGAGAGACUCGUCCUCUGCUAACAUGGAGUCCAUGGACACCAGCUAAACUAUGACUCUCCCACAAUCCCCCUCUUCUUCCUUUCAUUCCCAAAACAUGAUGCCGCAACAGCAACAAAAAAUACCUAGGAGGAGGGGGGACCCUUUUAUCAAUCGUUCCAUGAUGCAUUGCACUGAAUCAGCAACAGUUAUAGGAGAAAAAUAAAAAAUAAUUGAACUUUAAAACAAAACAAAUUGUAAAACAAAAAAUAAAAGUAAAAGAAAGUUUCUCUUUAAAGCUUUUAAGCUCAUCACCACAUUUCUCAUUUCUAAAAAAAAAACAACUUAAAAAAAAAACACGAAAUAAAUCAGUUUUUGGUUUGUUCCAUCGUUCCUUUGUUUUUGUUUGUGUUUUGUAAUAAUUCCUGAAUCCCAGCGGUACCUCCCAGGUAGAUGUUUGGAUGCUGCAGAGGGACUGUUUAAUGCUGAGAUGAUGACACAUAUGAACUGACUUAAAUGGAACCGGACUGACUGCCUACAGCUUAACUCUACGAACGAUGGGAUAUAUAUAUAUAUAUACAUAUACACACGGCUCCUAACAUACAAGACAGGAGACUUGACUAACAUGGGGUCUGAAGGGGUUACAUCUAUAAAGUUACAGCAUAUUGACUUCUAUGGUUUCUGGACCGUCACUUUGUUUUUUUGAGUUUUUGUUACCAUGGUUCUUACCGGAUCAGAUUGGGUUGAAUUGAAUGGGGGAGGGGUUUAUUUUGUUUUUGUUACCAUGGUUCUUACCGGAUCAGAUUGGGUUGAAUUGAAUGGGGGAGGGGUUUAUUUUGUUUUUGUUACCAUGGUUCUUACCGGAUCAGAUUGGGUUGAAUUGAAUGGGGGAGGGGUUUAUUUUGUUUUUGUUACCAUGGUUCUUACCGGAUCAGAUUGGGUUGAAUUGAAUGGGGGAGGGGUUUAUUUUGUUUUUGUUACCAUGGUUCUUACCAGAUCAGAUUGGGUUGAAUUGAAUGGGGGAGGGGUUUAUUUUGUUUUUGUUAACAUGGUUCUUACCAGAUCAGAUUGGGUUGAAUUGAAUGGGGGAGGAGGGUUUAUUUUGUUUUUUUUUGUUGCAAGAAUUGAAUGUCAUUAUCUGUGUUUUAUUUGUCUUGUCGGCUGUUGGUUAGAACAAAGCUUGGUUGGUGGGGGGAGAUUCACACACUCAGAAGAGGUGAUGUUUAAAAUUGUGUUCAGAAAUCUUCUAUUAAAGAGGUGUGAGAGACAUGGUCAGAACAGGGUGUUCUGUUGAAUUAAGUGGAUAAAUAUUGAGAAAUAUUUUUGGGCCCUCAUUUUUAAUUUGUACAUGUCUCUUGCAUCAACUGGUGGUUGGUUGAGCAGAGGUCAUUUGACCUUUGACUCCAUUAGCAUGUUCAAAACCACUCGAUAAGGGAAGGAGUGCGUCUUCGACAGGGCAGCACCGUACCUCGGGUGAAAGCCCAGCAUUAGGAACAGACCUCUCUGUAUGUGGACAGGAGUACAUUUUGUGAAUAAAAAGCGUGAACUGA